AUGUUGAAAUCGGGUUUGUGUUGUAUUCGAACGCAGAAUGUGGUGUGUGAGUUUCCGGGAAAAAACUCAGGGAAAAUGUAUCCUUGAAUUCUAGGACCAUACAUUUUCAGACCCUGUUCUUCCUGAUGAAGAUGAAGAAACCACUGUUGAACCGUCCACCGAAGCUCCAACCGAAGCUCCCACCGAAGCUCCCUCACCUUGCCUCGAUGGUUGGACCCUUCUGAUUCGCGACCCCAACUCCAGAUGUAUCAUGGUGAUUAUAAACCCAAACACCACUCCAACCGAUGCGGACGCACUUUGCACUUCCGCAAAUGCCGAAGCCGUUCCAAGCGGAGUCUACAGCACCGAGGAAUAUUCAAUCAUCUCAGCUCUCACCAAAGUCGCCAACAAUGGAAACGACGCAUUGCUCAUAUUAGGCGCCAUGCGUACUUCUCUUUGUGAGGGAGAAGAGAUAACUGCCACGUGUACUCAAUUAACCUCGUUUACGUGGACAGAUGGAACUCCAGGAAUUGCUGGUUUUGCAGCGGAGAAUUGGGCAGAAAAUCGGCCUAACAAUGGGGGAAAGAUUCAAGAUUAUCUGAUUGUCAACACAGCGACUAACACAAUUGAUGACGUGGAAGCGGCAAGAGAACUCGAUGGAGUGGUUUGCGGAAUGCCAGCCAUGUGA